GUCAUGCAGCUAGACGUGUUAUUGACUGGCUAUAAAAUUCGUGUUUGCUUGAUAAUCUCUCGCAUAUUUCGAAGCUGUUAAAUUAUCUGCUUAAUCAUCCGAUGGCGUUUUUAAACUGUUUACGAGCAAUUUCGACUGCUAAAUUUAUAGGUUUUAUGUGACUGGUAUAGAUAUACGAGGCAAGAUUAGUCGUUUAAUUAUAUUAUCCUGCAUUACAACACAAAGACGACACAGGAGGAAAGCACAAUUACGUGGGCAUCAAUUAGUGUCGUUAACAACAGAAUUGUAUUUAUGCGAAACUCUUAGCUAAUCUUCCUUAAUUGUCCAGCUCUUUUAUAAUCUGGACAUAAAGAAAGCAUAAAUUAUUAAGCCGGAGUGAAUAUGUUAUGGCCUGAUGUGGGCUUACACGUACGAGUGCUGAAAUCCUUAUUAUUAUUUAUUAAGGUGAAUCGUAUUGCCAUAUUAAACAUGGGUUUGCCUCCCAUGAAGGCUGUUUCGUUGCGUUUUCUUCUGAUUUGUGGAGCUUGUUUGAUCACUUCGUGUGUGGGUUUCGCCUGCCAACCUCCAAAGAUUGUACUGAACUGCAGAGGGAAAGAACUUCUGACAUUCCCAAGUGAUAAAUGUGGCUUCAACAAAACAGAAGUUCAUUGCUUAAUUCUUUCCAACAACCGCUUACAGAAUGUCACGAAGUCGAUGUUUUCUUCUUUAAAAGAUCUGGAGACACUUAUGCUCGAUGACAAUGGACUGACCAUUAUACAGCCUCAAGCUUUUAACGGGCUCGUCUCGCUUCGUGUGUUAAUUCUGUCUAAAAAUAAAAUCAAACACCUGUCGUCGUCCAUGUUUUCUGGUUUAACUAACCUAACAGAGCUGAGACUUGACUUUAAUGAAGUGACAAGCAUUGAGAGCGGAGCAUUUAAUCAUCUGACAUCUCUUCGUAUAUUGAGUAUGGGUAGGAAUCAAAUCAAGCAUCUGACAUCAUCAAUGUUCUCUGGAUUAACCAAUCUUCAAAUGCUAACUAUUGAAGAGAAUGGCCUGAUGAGCGUCCAUCCAGGUGCUCUGGAUGACUUGAUCUCUCUGACUGAACUAAAUCUAGAGAAAAACCAGCUUGAGGAGAUUCCGCAGUUUAAUGUUUCAUCAAAAGUAACGACUCUACGCUUGGCUUUCAAUCCCAUAGCAACUUUACAUAUAUCAACCAUGAAGAAUUAUCCUCACCUGGUAUUCUUGUAUCUUACGGAAUCAAGAUUAACCAGGUUACCUAGCAAGAUAUUCUCCUAUAACAGAAAACUCAGACGAUUAAAUCUCUUUAACACACCUUUGGAGUACGUCGACGACGAUGCCUUCGAUGGUGUAGAACUGAGAGAAUUGAAUUUAGAAGGGACCAAAAUCACCAAUCUUCCUGGCAAAGGAAUGGAAUCCUUAAACUACUUAAACAUCCGUAAAGUGAAGAGCCUUUGGGAACUGCCAUUCAAGUCAUUCCAGAAGCUCUGGCAUGCAAAGGUUGAGUAUCACUUCCACUGUUGCCUGUUCGAGAAGUACUACGACAACGCAGAAGCGAGUAAUCCAAACCUGAAGAACUAUUCUGUUGUUAAAGUCUGUCCAACUAGUACUCCAUCUUCAACUACAGUCAAACCGAAAAGCAAAACUGAUGAAAAACAGUCUUCUGGUGACAUAUUCGACAAGCACAAAGGUUCGUACGAGAAGGACAACCACACCAUCACAUUGUCACCAACUUCGUGUAUCAAUCUUGGUGACUCGAAUGUACAUGUGCAGGAUGAAAAGAAAGAGUUGAUAUGUGAGCCUCAGCCUGAUGCAUUCAAUCCGUGUGAGGAUCUGCUUGGCACGAUGGGAUUGCGCAUCUGUACUUGGUUUGUCUUAAUAUUUGCGCUCGUAGGGAAUGGACUCCAGUUGAUAGUACUGUUCACCAGCAAACGAAAUACAGCGAUGUACCGCGUCCUUAUGUGUAAUCUAUCACUUGCCAAUCUAUUCAUGGGAAUGUACUUAUUUAUGCUUGCCGUGGCUGACGCACGAACGUAUAGCGAGUAUCAGAAUCACGCCAAGGCGUGGCAGUUUGGCCCUGGAUGCAACAUUGCAGGAUUCAUAUCAAUCCUCUCCACCGAACUGGCUGUAUACACAUUAACUGUUAUCACUGUAGAACGUUAUUUUACUAUAGUUCAUCCUAUGAAACUAGACAUGCAUUUAUCCACAAGGCAGAUUAUCAUUUUGAUGAUAUUUGGUUGGGUUUUUGCGUUAAUCAUGGCCAUUCUGCCGAUCUUCAACAUCAGCAGCUACCAGAGGGUCGCCAUUUGCUUGCCAUUUGACGUCGAGACUCUAGUGUCUAAAAUGUACGUGACAGCUCUACUGACAACCAAUGGCUUAGCUUUUUUCACUGUGUUAUUUUGUUAUACAAGAAUGUACUUUAGCCUUGGAGGAACUAGUUGUUCAAGCGCCGCUUCAAGUGCCACACGCGUGGAGAGUCGAGUGGCCAAGAAGAUGGCUCUUCUGGUGUUCUCGAACUUCACAUGUUGGUUCCCUAUCGCUUUAUUUAGUCUUAUAGCUGUUUAUGGAUCACCGCUUAUCGAUGUCCCGACCUCUAAAUUUCUGUUAGUCUUCGUGUAUCCUAUCAACGCCUUCACCAAUCCUUAUCUAUAUGCUUUGGGAACCAAACAUUUCCAACUAGACUUUCUUGAUCUGCUCAAACGCUUGGGCCUAUGCCCAAAAGGCUCUGAAAGACUACGUAAUAAGUUACUAGAUCAAAUAGCUUCAUUGCCAAAUACCUCUAAAGCCUAUAUGGGCAGUAGAUCCAGCAUCAAUAUGUACGGUAUUCCAUCACGGUAUUCGGUGGACAGUAGUCCAAAAACCCUUCACUCAAGAAGCGUCGACUCCUCGGCUACCGCGAAAAAAGUCUCGUCAUUCUCUUGCCGAUUCCUUCCGAUUCCCAAUAUGAGUUUUUCUUCUUGUGGAGACCCAACAGAGUCGACAGAACGGUCUCGAGCAAGUUCUGAGAGUACAUCAGACUUCUCGACCUCACAGAUACAACCUCUUUUGAAGAGGCAGCAUAAAAAUGGCAACGCCAGAGAAGAGGGACGUCGAUCAUCGGCAAGAGAGAUCAUUAUUGGCGGGAAUCUUCUAGAUAAGAACGAAAACGGUUGUCAACCCCCAAACAACUCACCUGAAGAUGGCCAAAAAUCGUUAGACAAUGAAGAAAUCUACGAGAACGAGAGUUGCGUUAAAGACGAAAAUGCCAAGAACAAUUCAGUACCUGUUGUUAUGGUUACUUCUUGCUGAAUUAGUUACAGUAAUUAAUAUUUGUGAUUCUUUAUUUUAAGUUAUAAAAACAAAAAACCAGAGACUAUAUUUACAGUGAACCAUAAGAUAUGCAAAUUCUAAUAUAUAUUAAAAAGGGAUUAUAUUCCAAAAAAAAAA